AAAGUGUAAUUGAUGAAUUGGGUUGGCGUUGAAGUAGCUUAUUUUUUUUAUUUUUAAGCCACAUAUUUUACUAUCACAUCAUGUGUCAUUUCGUUCAUCAAAUGUCAAGCUGGUAAAGCAAUAUGGCUGCUGGGUCAUGAUUGUGUGACCUGGGAGGAUUCUUUUGAAGCUGCAAAUAUCGUUAGUCGCGGGUAUUGAGGAAAUAUUCGUGGAACUGUGCGCGCAUUCUGUAUUGCCGGUUCGCAAGACUGCGUGCGUUUCUACACAAGGAGAGCCAAGAAAGAAUAGCAGAGGACUCGAAUAAACUUGACACUACUGUGAAUGUGGUGUGGUGUAUGGUCAUUAAAGUUCCACAUGCCUGGAAAAGGCCAAUCAACAACUGCAGCUUUAGUGGUAUUUCAGUUUUGCAGAUUUUAGUGAAUUUUACAACCCAACUUUUACGAUUUCUUUUGCAAGUGCUGCUUGUUUGUCCGUCCUCAGCGCAAUGGCAUCUCCGGUAAGGUUUGUCGAUAAAUGUGUCCAGGUGGACAUGGUGUACGGCGACGAGCACGACCCAGUUGCAUCAACGAGCUGGGUUGCUAAGAUCAAUGCAAAGCCGUCCUCACAGCUUCCACCGGCACAUUCGUGCGAGGAAUCGCAGCAAUCGGCGUUAGUACCGCUGCACAAAAACCUGGCCAUGUUGAAUGAGAAGUUAGCUGAUCUUGAAGAACCAUUGCAUUGCGUUAUCAGGAAGCUAGAUUGGAUAUUUACAAAAUAUGGUGAGGCGUUCGCUAACCUUUCAUUUCUGCACGAUACUAUGCUGAUGCAAGGUAAUGCCGCCAAACCUUUCACAUUGACGUACUUGAACAGCAUUAGAAUAGCGCUCUUUUCUUGCGAUUUGGUAUGUCACAAUGUUGACCUGAGGGCUUUGGGCAAAAGCAUGAAGUAUCUUAAUACAAAGUUUGUAGAAUAUGUGAAAACCAUCGAUUCCUAUUUACCAGAUUCAGCUCCCAACGAUUUGUUUGCUAUAAAGCUGCUAGUGAUCACCAAAACGAUCAUGCAUUCUCUAGAUAGGGAGUUAAAGCAGAUCAGAGUACGACUGGAAGACGUCCUGAACGCAUUAGACCUGAUCGGUGUGCUGCAGUGUGACAUGCUGUCAGUAGUCGAUAUACUAAUUAAGAGUAAAUUAGACGAUUCGCCGGAAGGAUUUCCGAAUCGAAUGAAUAAUGUAAAUUUCGGGAAGGAUUGGUUUGAUGAUGAAUAUCGUUGUUUUCUUGAUAUGAUCGAGUGGAUUUACGACCGGACCGAAAUCUGUUAAGAACUAACUGUAUUAAGUUUGAUAAUAGAGGUUUUUUCUGAGAAUUUGAAUUUGAAUCCGACGAAUAUGAAUUAGAAUGUUAAACAUUUUUACUUUUCCGUUGUUUUUUGUUAUUAAUUGAAGAUCUACUACCUGAAUUAUAUUUCGAAAUACAUGAUAUCUGAAGUCACAUUUGUAUUGUUUGAGUUUUUAGUUAUCCUGCCGAAAACUGGUACAGUUACCCUAUCUGAAUUCACAUUUAUAUUGUUUGAGUUUUUAAAUACUGCAACGUAACAGUAAAUUGAAUACUUUGGGUUUUCUUAUAACACAUCAUGGAAACAAGCUCUGUAUGGACAGGGCCUUCCAUGUUAGAAUUUCUAAAUUAGUCACAAUUUUUAGAUUCAACUCAUUCACGCUCUGUGCCGGCUAGUGGCUCCCUCUUUUUGGAUUCAAAUUACUCAAUCUGUGCACCGGCUAACACUAGUACUAAUCGCAAAAAGAUAUUAUGUCAUACUAGUACAUACUAAUCGGCACAGAGAGUGAGUGUAAGGUAUUGAUCCUCAAUGUAUUAGUAAAAGGAUAUGCAUUUUGUAAUGAAUCUUAAAAGAGAGUAAAACAUUACAAUUAUUAUAUUCACUCUCAUAUUCUGAUUCAAAUCACUUAAAAGAGCGAGUUUUCGCAUCUCUAAUCUUGAAGGUUCUGUUAUACCUCUUUUGAGAUUUUGUUCCUGCUUUUAGUCGCAGUCCGGAAUACGACAUUACUCUUAUUUAGUGUUGUAAGGCUCUUUGACCCGAAGCUGAAUAACCAGAAUUAGCUCGUUGUAUUACAGCACUUCCAAGAUCACCGGUAGUAGCUUCCACGUUUAAUUCUCUACGUUCGUUACGUUCAAAGAAGACUAAACGAGCUUCGUUUGCAAAUCGUCAUAUACUAGUGAUGGAUGGGUCGACCCGAACUUUCCGGGUCGGAGCCAUCUGUAAGCGACCCGGAGUCGUUCGGGCCGAUCCGAAAGGUACAAGUAUGUUCAGUAAGUGCAACUACUCCAGUAGGUGCGAGAAAGCAUAAGCGACUCCGACCUGUUGGUGCAGAGUUCGGGUCGGAUCGAGUCAAAAUAGGUUUAACACGGCUCCACCCGACCCGAACUCGGAAUGAACCCACCUUGGACCGACCCGACCCAAACUCGCUGCACCAACGGGUCGGAGUCGCUUAUGCUUUCUCGCACCUACUCAUCAUUCGGGUCGACCCGAACUCGCUGCACCCGCGGGUCGGAUUUGAUUCCGAUUCCGACCUUGCGCACCCGCUGCACCCAAGGGUUGGAAUCGAUUCCGACUGGCUGGCACCCGACUCCGGGUCGGAUCGUGAAAUGAAUCGUAUGACCCAACACUAAUCACUAUCAUUUAUAUCUUUCCAAACGAAUCUACUUCUCUGACAAAAUUUUAUGUACCUUAUGUUACAUCCCGAAUAACUUCUCUAGCUGAAUGUUACUCACCUACAACCGGUUGUUCGGAACAGAAUGAACAACAAUCUAAAACAAAUAUGCUGUCAAUUAAAUUUGUUCAUUUAUUCAUAGUGUUUACAUUAUCAUGUUCAUUCUCAUUCUCCUUUCAUAAUUUUCCUCAAUUUCAUUCUCGCUUCAAAUAGUCGGACUCGUGCUCGAGCCGUCAAUCAGAAUCGGUUCUGUUCGUACCGUUCGUACGGGAUCUCGCGCCGCCAUUGGUGAUCGCUACUUCGGAUGGAGAUGAUGUUGUUGUGGGAUGUCGUUUCGGAAUUUGCUCAGUUCCGACCAUGAGUAUAUAAAUCCGCAUCCGACAAAGUGCAGACGUACGUAUAUUGUUUGCCGUUGUUUACGUAAAAACAAAAUGUGUAACGCAGGGGAAAAAUAAAAAAAAAGACUUAAAAAGUGAUACAAAACAAGAACCAACUAUUAACCGGAAGCGGUAUCGACCUCGAAUUGGAAUUUGUUAGUAUCUUUUCACCCUUACAAACCCUCCACAUACGUUCGGAGUUUCAAUCGUUCACAUUAUAAGCCUCACUUUUGAAACAAUGUAUAACGCCGGAAAAGAAAAAAAAGAACGCAUUUUACCGAUGCCUGGUCGUAUGC